CAGGUCUGUGCCCUGGGAGACUCUUGCAGGUUGAGAUGCUGCCUCCCAACCAGGCUGCAACUCCUAUCCCCGCCUCCUUUUGAAAACGAGAGACAUUGCACUGAUUUGUGGCUUUCCUUUUGACUUUACAGCUGCCGUAAAAGUUGCCUGGGAAGACAAGCGUGCGUGUCUUUAGGGGGCAAUUCCGAGAGGAAAGUCCCUCCUAAUGGAGCCCAGCUAGGUGAGGGAUGGGCAGGAUUGUGACAUAACUCUUUGGGGGCUGUGGCAGACAGAGAGGCAGAGACAGCCGGAGCCCGCACCGGGAUCAGACGGCGGGGUGAGCUCCAGCCUCUCCGCUCACAGCACCCCGAAUCUCCAGCUUAGAGCAAGGACCCAGCAGCAGCAAUCAUGGCAACGACGAGUGGUUUUAUUUCUUCGUUACCCGUCUUUCAUCAAUAAUUCACCUGCGGGCUCUUUUUUCCCCCUUUCUUUUUUUUCUUUCAUCCCUUUCUCUCCUUCCCCGCUCUCUUCCCCCCCCACCCCAACACUUACCCCUCUCCUUAUAACUCUUUUUUGAUGUGGAGAGUGGGGGGAGAAAGGGGUGCACCGGCGAGUAUUCGGCUGCUUUUGGUGGCGCGUUGUAAAGAGCUCGCGAAAGGACCGGGGUAAAUAAAAAAAUAAAUAAGGGGAAGAAAAAAAAGGCACCAAGUGGUGGCGGGCGGGAGGAGGAGAAGAGAAGACGGAGAGGAAGGAAAAAAAAAAGAGCGGCAGAGAGAAGAAGCCGGCAGAAAGAAGACUUUCAGAGCGGCGUUGCCGCGGUGCGCGGUGGCCGGAGCGGGGCGCGGAGCGGCCGCGGGUGCGGACCAUGGGCUGGCGGCUGCUGCCCGCCGUGCUCCUGGCCCUGGCGCUGGGCGGCCCCGCAGUGCGGGCACAGAACGAGACGGAGCCCAUCGUCCUGGAGGGCAAGUGCCUGGUGGUGUGCGAUUCCAACCCAACCACCGACGCCAAGGGCUCGUCCUCCUCCCCGCUGGGCAUCUCGGUGAGGGCGGCCAACUCGAAGGUCGCCUUCUCGGCCAUCCGCAGCACCAACCACGAGCCCUCCGAGAUGAGCAACAAGACACGCAUCAUCUACUUCGACCAGAUCCUAGUAAAUGUGGGCAACUUCUUCACGUUGGAAUCUGUCUUUGUGUCACCAAGAAAAGGAAUUUACAGCUUCAGUUUUCACGUGAUUAAAGUCUACCAGAGCCAAACAAUCCAGGUUAACUUGAUGCUCAACGGGAAGCCAGUCAUCUCUGCUUUUGCUGGGGACAAGGAUGUCACUCGUGAAGCUGCCACUAACGGAGUCCUGCUCUAUCUAGACAAGGAGGAUAAGGUUUACCUGAAGUUGGAGAAAGGUAAUCUGGUCGGUGGAUGGCAGUAUUCUACAUUUUCUGGCUUUCUGGUCUUUCCCCUGUAAAGUCAAUUUUCCUGUGACGUUGGUCCAGUUGUGGAGUUGUCAUUGCCUCUGUUACAUGAAGAUCAUUCUGUCAUCGUGGGAUUGAUGUUUCCUUAUUGGUUUUUCAUGGGUGAAUAUGGAUUCUCUUUAUGGAUUUUGGCCUCAUCUGAACUACAUGUGAAGUUUCACAGAAUUUUGUGUGUUUAAAUACAAUAUAUUUGGAUUGAGACUAAAGCAGACGAUAAAUACCUGUGCUUAAUGUUACGGUCUAAAGCUGCCUGCAAGUUUUAUUCAGAUUUUGUUUGCUGAACUUAUGGAUUCAUGAGAGAAGUGGAUUUUCUUUAAUUGUGAAACGGCUGGCAACCAGGUCUAUAAUUUAGCAGAAUUUGAGUUUAGACUUCAAUCAAGAGUGUUGCUGCCAAAGAACUGUCUAUUGAUAUAUUGGUCGUACACAUUUCUGUCCCUGGGACUUAGCUAACAUAAGUUAUUCCAUUGUCUUGAGAAAAGUAAUUAUUUAUGCUAAGUAACUGACUUGAAUUCUUCCCUGCUGUAGUGUGUUGGAUGGUUCACCCAUAUAUCCAUGCUCUGUCACUGGUAAUGAUUGCAUCUUGUCAGCUAAGAGGGUAUGGCUGGAUUCUAGUGGAAUCUGUAAGGUAUUCUCCUUUUCCAGAAACAAGAGCAGCUGACAACCGUUAAGCAAAAUACUCCGAUCAGGGUUAGAGGUGAUCAUCCAGGCGUGAUUUUCAGAACAGCUUUCCCUUCAGGAAAUCUCACACUUACUCUUCCAUUUGAAUUAAUGUGAUUGAUAAUAACUGCUAUAAUGAAAACCUAAGGGAUCCCUUCCUUAGACACAGAUGCUUUAUUAACUGGAGGUGUGUCCCCUUGUUUGUAAUUAUGCCCAUUUUUUCAAACCUUCUGUUGCGUUCAAGUUAUCAUCUGGCUUUGCCUUAACUCCACAACUGUACAUAAUUUUAGAUCGUUUGCUUAACAAACCUGGAAUCCAAAUAGCCGGAACCUCACUUGGUGCAAUAUCUUUUUGGUUUUUUGUACAGGUCAUAUGAACCUCAUAAACUCAUUAAUUAUGUCAUCGUUACAUAAUAAAGAUUAAUAUAUGUUAGCUGAA